GUAAAAAAAAAGAAAUUUUGUAUAGAAAUUAGCGCCCAAAAGUGUUACUGAAAGAAUGCUGCUUUGUUUAUAAAAUUAAAUAAAAAUAUAGUUUUUAUGUGAUUUCAAUUUGGUUGCACACUUUUCAUUUGUGCCACAAACAAUAACUUCCAUUCAAAGGCAUUUAAUGCACACACAAAUGAAAAAAAGUUCAAUUCAGUUUUUCAGUGCCCCCAAUUAUCAAUCAUCAAUAAAGCUAAAGCAACAUCAAACGGCGCCUAAUUAAUUUGUUACUUUGCCUCGAAUUGCGUGCCACAUUGUGACCUCACUCUCAGCCAAAUAAGCGACUACAGUGCGCACUCAUAUUGUAAACUAUUUAUGAAUAAAAACCCAAAAAACUCAUGAAUUAUGACUUCGAAAGCAAAUGUUGCAUAAACAAACUGUAAAGAAGACGGAAACUCGAGUGCCGUUUGUAUACGCCAAAUGUCAGCGGUAGUGAGUGAAAUUUAAGAAAAACGCAAUUUUAAAAAGAAUUUGAUUUAUGCCAAAAUAUAUACAAAUGAAAGCAAACACGAGUGUAACUCAUGUAAAGACAUAAAAAGUAGCUGCCAAAAAUGACUUUUCUCCAUUGAGUGCGCGAACGAUUGGACAUAAAUAUGCAUUUUCAUGUCUAUACAAGCUAUAUACUUUAACUAUAUACUUUAACAAAUACAUGUAUGUAUAAGUGUAUAUGAUACGACCAACAACAAAGUACGCAACAGUAAUAACGUUUGCCGGCGGAGAGUCCACGGACGCACAUGUCGAAUGCCGUCUGACAUGCAACAGAUGUGUGCCAUCAACGUCAGUCGCAGCGAGAAUUCAAUCGUUUACAGCAACAACAAUCAAUUUUGAACAAUUCAACGACAAAUACGCGUGAGCCACAGGCAAAAGGCAUUGCACAAACAAUUAAAGGCAAGCAAUGACUCCAGCGGUAUUAUCGCGAUCAUCACCCACACCCCGAAAAUUCAGAAAUUGAAAAACCAACAACAAAAAGAACAAAUUGAAAAUUAAAAUACCAAACUGCGAAAGAGUAGCAACGGCAAUAAGUGUAGUGAUAAUGAAUACUCGCCUCCCCACUCUUCCUAUCUUGGUGUACGCAGUGGUUCUCUGGGUUCUGAGCAGUGAAAUAAUCUAAAUUUCGUUGCGGCAGGACAAAUUGUUCAUAUACAAAAAUAAAUACAAACGAUUUUUUUCUGAAUUACAAAAUUUUCGAAAAACCCGAAACACACGUGCUCCUUAACACAGCACUCUCAACACUUAACUCAACUCCAGCUGUGUGCGUGUGUGUAAUUUUGGGGAAAAAUGUCGCAGCUGCGUUGGAGUAUCCUGUGUUGCAUGUUCGUUGUGACACAACUGCUUUGCCACAGCGUUGGUGCUAUGAGAGUUUCGCUCUUCGGCGAUGGCUACAUAACGAUGCCGCUACAGGAGGCCAAAAUGUCCACAAAUAUACGCGUGAAAUUUCGUACACAACAAGAGAAUGCUUUCCUCUUUUUGGCGGCGGGUCGUACGGAUUACUGCCUCAUGCGACUGGAGGGCGCCGCAAUUACCUUUAUCUACAAAAUUGAUCGCGAAGUCAUACAGCUACGCUCGCCCAAAAAGCAGCGUUUAAAUGACUUGGAGUGGCAUGAUGUGGCGGUGCAACGCUAUGAGAAUAACAUAACGCUGCAGGUGGAUGGCAAUAUAAUGCGCAAAACGCUGCCCGCCGAGAUGUCCGCAUUGAAUGUGCACUUUGGCACAUUCCUCGGCGGGGUGGGCGAUUUUCCCGCUGAGUAUUUGACUGAUGUGGUUGGAUUUCGUGGCUGUAUAUCGGAUGUAUUUUACAACAACAUCAAUAUCAUUAAACGCGCCAAAGAGCGUACGGGCCACACGACUAGCAUCGGCGUGACCUGGUCGUGCAGCAACGAAUUUGAUGGCACCAUAAAGGAUGGUAUUAGUUUUCUCAAUGAAGACUCGUUUGCUUUGAUGACGAAAGAGUCCAACGCUGCCGGCGAGUCCUUGGCAAUGCAAUUUCGCACCAUGGAGCAGGCUGGGGUGCUCUUCUUUAAUGGCGGCUAUGACUUUGUACUCUUGGAGGUCGAAGAAGAAGCUGUGAAAUUAACAUUCAAUAAAGCUGGCAGUCUCGUACAGCUUUCACCUAAUCAAAGUGUCGCCGACGGCAAAUGGCAUCGUAUUUCGCUGCGUUACAGCGCCGCCAUGGCUGAGCUAAUACUCGACGAUGUCGUCUAUAGUGGCGUACAUGCGAAUGAUAGCAAAGCCACAAUCAAUUUGGAGAAGAGCAUAUUCUUCGGUGGCGUACAGGAGGAUAUGCGUCGGCGUUUGCUGAAUAAAGGUCUUCUAGUGAAUGAUCUCAGCUUCAAGGGUUGCAUGCGUGCUUUACAAGUAAACAGCGUAGACCUGGGCUUUCCACAAAUGAAGGUCUCACAUCAUUUGGCCGUAAAUUGUGUUUGGAAGUAUCCUUGUGUGGAGCACAGACCGUGUUUGAAGAGCGGCAUUUGCAAUCAGUAUGGUGUCGAUGAGUUCAUCUGCUAUUGCGAUCAGUCUUAUUGCAUCAAAGCGGACUAUCAGGGUCCUUUCAAGAUUUUCACCGAGACAAGUCCCGAGUUGGAGCUGCUCUACGUCUCUCCAAUGCAAUUGCUUGAAGGCGGCACCGUCUUCUUAUCGCCACAUUUUAUCGAUGUGCUCAUCGAUAAGCGCAAAUACCCGAGCCUAACCGACACUUCAAUUGCAUUCCACGUUGUUCAACAGCCGAAAUACGGACAACUUUUACAGUUUUCGGUUGAGAAGAAUAAUUUCGUGCAAAGUCGCACUUUCAAUUUGGUCGAUCUCUCCACGGAUAAGGUGAAAUAUGUGCAUAACGGCAUGGAGAACUUCAACGAUCAUGCUACGCUGGAUAUGCAAGUAUACGGCGAUAUCCAUAAGAUACCAGAGAAUAUAUUGGGCAAACAUCGGUUUCUGCUACACGCCAAUGUCACGCCCAUUAACGAUCCACCACAACUGCAGAUACCAAUCAACAAAAUAUUGCGUGUCAUCGAGGGUAUUGAACGUGUUUUGGAUGUGGAUCUAUUCAAUAUUGAUGAUCCGGAUAGCGCAGCGACGGCUUUAAUUUAUACCAUACUGCCUUCAACGAAUCCCGCCGAGGCAUACGGGCGCUUCGUAGUUAAUGGCAUAGCGACUAUGAGUUUCUCACAGGCCGAUGUCAAUGCGGCGAAGGUGAGUUUUCUCUACAACUCAACCACCACCGAGGCCUUCAGCUAUCAGGUACUCCUACAUGUCUCUGAUGGCAUUGAGACGAGUGAUACGGUCUAUCUGCCAGUGUCGGUCCACCCAUUGGAGCUGCGUUUAGUUAAUAAUACCGGCUUGAUUAUGAUACACAAAUCAGCAUUGCCCAUAAGUCCGGCUAAUCUGUCGGUAGGCACCAACACUGCAGAUGAGAACAUCGACAUACGUUAUGAUAUAGUGAAGCCACCACAAUAUGGCGCUAUUCAACGGUUACGUCAAAUCGAUUCUUCUUGGGUGAACGUUGACUGGUUUAGCGAUAGUCAAAUGCUACUGGGACACAUAAGAUAUGUGCAUGCCACCGAGUUUCCGUGGCAGGAUGAGUUUAAAUUCAUUGCCUCUUACGGCUUCGUGACCACACAAACCUUUGAUUUCCGCAUCACUUUCACGCGCCUGCGCAUAAAUUCCGUGAAACCCUCAAGCGUUGCGGUUAACGGCACACGUGAGCUUGCAUUGACCAGUGACGUAUUGACUUAUGAGACAGUACCGAUUGACACAUUUCCACGGAAUAUAAUCUACAAAAUAGUGAAACCAACAAAAUAUGGUGGAAUCUUUGUCGAAGGGUCGCGUAAAUAUGCCAAGGAAAUGGAUUCAUUCACCCAACAAGAUAUUGAUAAGAAUCGUAUACGCUAUAAAACACAUCUCACCAGUUACUCCAACUUUGUUGAUUACUUGGAAUUUGUGGUUUCGGUUGCAGAGUGUGAUGAUGUAAUCGGUCGUCUGACAAUACGCUACACACCGCUCGAGUCCAAUACUGAUAAAUUGACUUAUCAGAAUCGUGAGAUACUGCUGGUGCAAGAAGGUGAACGCGCUUUAAUUACUAAGAACCACUUUGAGAUACGCUUUAAUCUCUAUGAGAGUCUACAGUUCACGGUCACCGAAGCGCCGCAGCAUGGUACACUCUGUCGCUACGAUGAGGCAUCCGCUAAAGUUAUACCAAUAACCGAGUUUACAUUGGAGCAAUUGUUUCUGAAUGAUGUCUACUACUGUCACGAUGGCACUGAAUCCACUGAAGACUCAUUCGAUCUGCUCAUACUCUCCACCGAUGGCACAGAUCUACAAUUUGUCGCCGACAUUGAUGUGCGCAUCAAAUUGAUCAACGAUAAUGCACCCUACCGCACAGCGGAACGCGUUUUUCACGUGGUGCGUGGUGGUUACCGCACGCUAAGUCCCGAUGUGUUGCAGUAUUUGGAUGCCGAUGUGAAUACAAACCGUUCGGAUAUACUGUACAUACAUGUUUCGAGCACGAAUGGUGCCUUCUACAAGAUGGGGAAUUUUAUUGAUACCUUCAGUCAGGAUGACAUUACGAAUAGGCGAAUAGCAUUUCAGCAUAAAGGACCCGAUGUGGGCACAGCAUCGUUUAUAGUGACUGAUCGACAGCAUGAGGUGAAUGGCUUGUUGGAGGUGCAUGCCUCUGAUCCAUUCGUAUCGAUGUUGCCGACGAAUGCUUCAAUCGUGCAGGAGGGAAAAUUUGUUAUUUUACGCAAUAAAGACUUCAUAUUGGAGACUAACUUGGAUAUGAAAUUGGAUGAGAUCUAUUAUGAGGUGAUCAAGCCACCCGCUUACGGUAUACUCAUGUAUUUGGGUAGAUCGAGAAAUGGUGGCAAUGACACAACGGCGGGACAAUAUAAAUCAUCGAAUCUGACAUCGCUGACUAACUUUACACAUUUGGAUAUUGAGCGCGAUCGUUUGGUCUACUGGAAUACAGAGAUCGCAUCCAUGGACAAAGUGCGCUAUCGCGUGCAUAUCAAAAACAUCUCAGCUGAGGGUGAGGUGAUCAUGCGCAUAUACCCAUCAGCUUAUUGGGAACCCUUACAGGUGAAGAAGAACCAGACGCUUAAUGUGGAAGAAUCAACGAGUGUGCUGAUCUCACGCGACGUACUGGAGGUCGUUCAUCCCAAUAUCUCUCCCGGCGAUAUUACAUUCUUGGUUACUUCUUCGCCCAUGCAUGGCUAUUUGGAAAUGCAAUCCAUGUCUUUCGAUGAUGAAUACAAUUGCAAGGUUUUCGAUCAGUCCGCAAUAAAUACAGAGAAAAUGUUCUACAUACAAGCUGGCGUCAAUCAAUCCAUGGACUACUUCAUGUUUGAUGUCACCAAUGGUAUUACGUGGCUGCGGAACUUGAUGCUGAGAAUUGUUAUUAUACCGGAGAAGCUGUACAUGCAUACGAAUGUGGUGUCCGUUGUUGAAGGAAAAACGGUCCAGCUCAGCUCUUCGGACAUACAGCCUUUCUCAGAGUAUUAUCGUGGUAAAAUACUGGAAUAUAUAAUAACCAUAGCGCCGACUUCUGGCUAUAUUAUGGCCGCCAAUUCGAAAGUGAAACGCUUUACACAAAAACAACUGGAUCAGGGCAGCAUACAGUAUUUUCACAAUGGCAAUGAGAAUGCGACAGAUGUUAUGACUUUACUAGCGACAGCAAGGAAUAAGGAGAGUGUGCCAUUCGAACUGGAAUUCUCCGUGGUGCCGGUCAAUGACGAACAGCCAAUGGUGGUUACGAAUACCGGACUGCAGGUGUGGAGUGGUGGCAAAUACAUCAUUAAGUAUACGGAUCUUAUGGCGCAGGAUUACGAUACACCAGCCGAUAACAUUACCUUCAUUGUCAACUAUAUUUAUGGUGGUUAUCUAGCCAAACGUGGCGAUCUUCAGCAGAAAAUUGACACCUUCACUCAAGCACAGAUCAAUAACGAAGAGAUUUGCUUUAUACACGACUCAACUUCGCGCCGGAAUGAAAUGUCAUUUAUGGUCACGGAUGGUCUCUUCAACACCACAGAUCAGUUGUUGAAUAUCGCCAUAAGACCUGUGGAGAUACUUGAAGAGCGAAAUACGAAUUUGCACGUCUUUCCGCUCACCAAAAAGCAAAUUUUACGCGAUCAUUUAUAUUUCCGUUGCUCGGAUGAGGGACGUGACAUAUUUUAUAAUAUAACAGUACCGCCGAGUUUGGGACGCAUUGUGAAUGAAUAUUUGGAUAAUGGUUUCUCGAAGGAAGUCACCGGUUUCACACAGAAUGACAUUGAUAAUGGACGCAUCUUCUACGAACACACUUCCGUCAUCAUGGAGUUUCGUAUAAAUGAUUCGUUUUACUUUGAUGUGGUAGUGGAUCGCAGUGAUCGCUUGCUGGAUCAGAAGUUUAAUGUGGAAAUAUCUGUUUCCUCGGGUGGUCUACUACGCUUUUUGCCUGUCUCGAAACUGCAAGUGGAUGAAGGUGGUUCGGUGCCUAUUAAAUUGGACUUCUCCAAGAUUUUGGAGUAUUUGAAAACACGUGCUGGCAUAAAUAAUCCUGAGCUUUAUAUUGAGGCUACGCAAAAGCCAAUGCAUGGCCGUAUUGGGCUAGGCCACGAAUUCAAAGCCAUACAGAAGUUUCAGCCAAGUGACUUUUUAACUAAGAAAGUAUACUAUAUACACGAUCACUCAGACACGCUGGACGACACGAUUUUAAUGUCGGUUUAUCUGUCGCAGUACUUAGCGCAGGGCAACAUAUUCCUCUGCAAUCUCACCGUACCAGUCUCGAUAAGUCCAAUCAACGAUCAGCCCUUCACACUCGUUACACAUUUUCCACAGAUGACCGUGGUGGAAGGUGAAAAUCAAACAAUUACGCGCAAUAUGUUACUUACCGAAGACAAGGAUACAGCACCCGACGAGAUCGUCUACGAUGUGAUGAGCGGACCCACACUUGGUGUGCUCAAGAAGUUAAAUAAUGAUGGACACGCUGAAGAUUUGCUUGCCUACUCGAACCAGUUCACGCAAGCCGAUAUCAAUAAUGGACGCAUUGUUUUUGUACACUUCGGCACACCACAAUCCACCACUUUUUGCUUCACCGUCUCUGAUGGACAAUUCAAUCCGGCUUAUGAGGUAUUCACAAUUAAAAUUGCACCCAUCAGCUUGUUGCCCGCCGACUAUCAAUAUCCGGUGUUGGUACCGCAAGGCGCUAGCACUACCGUUAUGAAGUUGGAACACAUCUCGUUGCGCACGAAUGUACAAUACGAACGUCUGUCGUACAACAUCAGCAAUUCACCAUUGUAUGGCAUAAUUGUGUAUAAGCAUCAGCCCACACUGCGUUUCAAUCAACACCAACUGGAGACGGCACAAAUCAGUUACAUGCAAACGGAUCUUAAUCGCUCCAAUGACACCUUCCAAGUGAGCGCCUAUGUGCCUGGCACGUUAUAUACCGCCACAGUGGACGUGUUGGUCGCUGUCGAGCCGGUUAUUAAAAUCACGAAUAUCUCUAUGGUGAACGAGUUGGGUAAGGUGCGCUUGCAGUCUGUGCUGGUCGCCGAUAAUCCGCUCUCGCUGAAGUUGAAUAAAUUCAAUCCGAAGUUUGUCAUAACGCGCAUGCCCACCACAGGACAGUUACGGAAGAUCAUACGUAGCACAGGCUUAGCGCCAGACUCGCAAAACGAACGUUCGACCAACACGUUUUCGUAUAAGGAGUUGCGCAGCGGCGUCGUCUAUUUCGUGCCCAACGAUGCAGUGGAGCUCACAGUGGAAGAUAUGGAUUACUUUGAAUAUCAGUUGCACAUCAAGACCGUGCAACCGGCACAGAGUGUGGUGCAUAUUGAGUAUCGUGCGCCGCAGGAUACAAGCGGAGAUAAAGUCACCAUGGCCACCAGUGAGUUCAGUUUCAAUUACGUCGCGUUGCUGAUUGUGCUCAUUGUGCUCAUCAUCUGCAUCUUGGCGGUUAUGCUGAUACUCAAGUUACGCUACUUGCGUCGCGACAAAGCUGACAUUUCGAAGGAUCAACCACCAGCGCUGCCUUGUCCACCGGAUUUGACUUCGGUCAGUCCGCAACAUCAUCAUCAUCACCACCACCAUCAUCACUACGCCAACUCGGAGGCUGAUUCAGUGCCUGCAACAGGCGCUUCUACGCCACUGCCUGGUUUCAGUAAUAUACCACAUUGCAAGAUCAUACCGGUUGAGUCGUACAAACAUGAUUAUCCCGAUUAUGAUCCCGAUGAGGGUGAUGAAACCGAUGAUGCUCAGCAAAUGAUGUUGCCACAGCGUUAUAAUCCCUAUCAUAUGGAGAAUGAUACAUGGAGUUCGUCAUGCGAUAUGGCCAAUGAUUUCGGUGGUUACUCAACGGUACCGCAGAGUAGCGCGCCCACAGCAACACCCCCUUCAGCGCCAGCCAGUAAUCCAUUGUUGCGUAGAAAUCAGUACUGGGUUUAAGGUGCGGCUGGGGUUAUUGCCUCUAGAUUUAAGGGAAUUAAGGGAAGAAUGUGCGACCUAGGAGUGGUUUCAGAGUUGCGUAAGCAGCGCCAAGUGCCUUCUGAGAGUUUUCUAGAUAUUUAAUCUAAAUUAUUUCAUUAUAAUUGUAUAAUAGAUUAGAUAAAUAGUUAAGGAUUAUUACAUAGAGUUUGUGAAUAGACUACUGGCAGACAAUUGAAGACUUAAUGACAUCUAAUGAAUAUAAUUUUUUUAAAUGAUAUGUUUAUGAACUAAACACUUUUGCAAAGACCACCUCUGGCAAUUAUUUUACUAUGACGGACGGAUUUUCAGACUUUUAGAUUGUCACAGUUCAGACUAUAUAUACAUAUGUUCAUCAACUGUUCGGAAGUUACUACGAUUUUACGCAGAGGGCAAUGAAUGCUUUCCUUUUGUAGAAAUAGAAUUUUAUAUACUUAUAUACAUUUACACAGACACUUCCAUAUUUAUAUUGGGGGUCUAUCGUACCAGUGGUAUACUAUAUAUAGUUUUUAUAUGAGUAUAUAUAUGAACGUACGAUUUAGUUUGUUGUACUUAGCUAUAUGCCGGCCAUAUUUUCGAUACCAAAUUAUUUAAAAAUUCUAUAACAUAUAGAUCGAUUCUGUCAAAAUCUCUAAUUAUAGAUAUUUAUAUACAUAUAUAUCUAUAUAUUUAUUAUAUAUUACGUACUCAUAUACAAAAUUGUGUAUUUUUGCGAAAUAUGUUU